AUGGCCAUAGCCUUAAUUGAAGAUUAUGCCAGUCUGACAGCGGCUGCCAUGGCAGAGGCUAUGAAGUUACAGAAAAUGAAACUUAUGGCAAUGAAUAGCCUUCAUGGAAGUGGAAGUCAAAAUGGAACAGAGUCAGAAAAUGAAGAGCUCAAUUCAAAUGCAGGUGGAAGUGAAUCCUCCUGGGAUAAAGACAAGCUUCAGUCUCCCAUUACAACGGGAUCACAGCACAGCAUUGGUCAUCCCACACUGUCAGGGCAGUCGAGCCUGGGAAGUGCACACCCGCUCAGUCCUCUCCAGCAGAAUCACCUGCUCACCAACAGGAUAGACCUGCCUUUUAUGAUGAUGCCCCACCCUCUGCUUCCCGUCAGCCUACCUCCUGCUUCGGUUGCAAUGGCAAUGAAUCAGAUGAACCACCUCAAUACAAUAGCUAACAUGGCUGCAGCAGCCCAAAUGCACAGUCCUCUUUCCAGGGCAGGGGCCUCUGUUAUAAAGGAAAGGAUCCAAGACAGCCCUUCUCCAGCUCCAUCUCUAGAAGACAGUCAGCGGCCUGGGAGCCACGCUUCCUCCCAUCAGAGCAGCAGCGUGUCCAGCUCACCGUCCCAGUUGGACAACACACCAGACAGAAUUGCUAUGCUGACCAACAACAGGGAAGGAGAACUCAUUGAUCAAGAAACUGGGACCAGCCUAAAAAAAAUACAAAAGGAGAAAGGUAAAAUUACAGACUGUUUUCCAUCCCAGGCAUUUAAUUACACUUAUUAUGUGUUUAUUCCUUUUUCUAGGAUUCUGCAUAUGCAAUGGCAUUAUUUUAUAAAUUUAAGAGUG